UUCCCGGCUUGCUCUCUUUUGGCAAGUGAUUAGUUCUCUUGUUUCGGGAUUUCUUUUCGUUGCUUACGAUGUCUGGACGUGGCAAGCAGGGAGGUAAGGCUCGCGCCAAGGCGAAGUCUCGCUCUUCUCGCGCCGGGCUGCAGUUCCCGGUGGGCCGCGUGCACCGCCUCCUCCGCAAGGGCAACUACGCCGAGCGGGUCGGGGCCGGCGCGCCGGUGUACCUGGCGGCCGUGCUGGAGUACCUGACGGCCGAGAUCCUGGAGCUGGCGGGCAACGCGGCCCGCGACAACAAGAAGACGCGCAUCAUCCCGCGCCACCUGCAGCUGGCCAUCCGCAACGACGAGGAGCUCAACAAGCUGCUGGGCCGCGUCACCAUCGCGCAGGGCGGCGUCCUGCCCAACAUCCAGGCCGUGUUGCUGCCCAAGAAGACCGAGAGCCACCACAAGGCCAAGGGCAAGUGAUCUGGCAGUCCUCUGAGUUCCCGGAAGCGCUCUCAUACCCAAAGGCUCUUUUCAGAGCCCCCCACCACUUCAAAGGAAGAGCUAAUACCACUCUUUAGGUUAAGGCGGGGAAGUCGAUAAAGGUGGUCGGUGUUGAAAUACGUGCAGACCCGCCACCACCGCGCUCCAUGGAUGCUCCAGGGGGACCCAGGCUCAGCUCGGCUUCGGGCGCCCGCGUCCCUGUGGCGGAACAGCAGGUGCACAGCGGUACUCUGGCUCCAUCAUCAGGAACCUCGCUGCCGGGAUCUCACCUGUAGCUCAGAAGCUGGGCCUCAGUCGGACAAAUUGCCCUUCUACCCAAAUUCACCGCUCUCCAAAUUAGCGUUAGAUUGUGACGGAUGUAGCUCCUGCCUCAUUGCAGGAAGUAGAUUAUAAUAUUCACUGCGUGCCGAGCGCUACCUUCUUUUAUCUUCAUAAGGAGUUUAUGAGGUAGGUGCUCUUAUGAUCCCAGAGUCCUAGGGACACAGAGGCAUAGGGAACUUGCCCGUGUCAUCAUUUUUCGUUACGCGCUGACACCCGGGGUCUACUGGCCCAAGGAACUGCCUGUCGCUUUGGAGGUUCGUUUGAGUUGACUUGGUCGCCACUCCCAUCUUGUAAUGUCCUCUUGUAGCUUAGUCUUUAAGCAAGGAACACCAGAAAUGAGGCCCUACUCAUUUGUUACUUUUUGGUGAUUUUUGUCAUUCUGAGAGAGAGAACUUCUGAGAGAGACGUUCAACUUUAAGGAAGCAAGAAGAUACCUGAUAUUGAACAAUUUGUUCUUUUUCUUUGUGCCCAACCCAAAGGAGACGGACAGCAGCCGUGAAGGCUGGACACUGUGAUUUCUGGGACCCUGUGGGAUAAUGGAAGUAAAAACACAGGUUUGGCCAUACGUCAGCCCCUCCUUUGCAACACUAUGUGACCGAGAGCAAACCAUUUCCCCUUUUUAUCCUCAGUUUUUCUUUGUCUGGAAAAUGGAACCAGUCCUAUCACCUGCCUCGGGGGAUGAAUGUCAAGGUUAAGUGGGGAUAAUGUACUGGGCACAUAGUAGACACUGAAAACAAUGCCCCCUCCUCCUUUCUUUUCCCCUUAUCUAUGAGCUUGGCUCAUCUCUAGGUGUAUCCAUUCUCUAUCACCACGUCACCAACUAUCCCCAAACUUGGCCACUUCAGGACCGGAACUUGGCCGUGCCGGGCCCUCUGGCUGUCUCGCAGGCUGCUUUGAAGAUGUGGUGGGUCUACAGCGAUGGCUGUAGUGGGGCCCAGUGUGUAGCGAAGGCCCAGUGUGGGAUCAAUCCACUCACAAACCCGUGUACAUGGCUGUUGGCAGGAUUCAGACCCUCGAGGACUGUUAGACUCAGGGACUCAAGUCCUCGUUGGUUGUUUCUUGUCUUGUGGGCCUUCUAACUAGACAGCUUACAGCUUGACUUUCUUCCGAGGGAGUGAGCAUGAGAGAGGGUGCAAGUGAGGGCCCCAGACAGGGGCCACAACCUUUGGGAACCUAAUGUGAAAAGGGACCCGCCAUCGCUUCUGAUGCAUUCUACUUGUUCCUAGCAAGUCCCCAAGCGCAGCGCACAGUCACAGAAAACGGAUAUCCCGAAAGUGUGAACCCUCAGAGGCACAGGGUCACCUUAGAGGAUGCCCACCACACGGAAUAUAUCACGACCCGUUUAAAACAAGGUGAAACUGUCUUCUUGAUCCAGUAUCUUUAGAAAUGGAAGAGUAUCUCUGAGUUCUCACACACACAGGCCUGGUUGGGUGCAGGUUGGGUCAUGUGCUCAGGCAUCAAAAAUUGCCCAAGUAUUUACAUUUCUGAAUGUCCCUGGAAACUACAUUUCCCAGGCUCCCUUGCUCUCUGGUUUCCAGGAGUUUUGACCAAUGGAGACGCUGGUAGGCCAUGUUGGUGAGACUGGGCACUUCUCCCUUCCCUCUUCACUUCCUAGGGUCUCCCCAGUUGGUACUCUAUGGCUCUGUCUCAUCAGAGGGCCUUCACUUGGUGGUCUGAGCUCCUGCCUUACCAGCCUGUGCUGUUCCAGCUACACUGGGGGGUUCCAGCACCAGCUCCUAGUUAAUAGGAGUUAACACCUCUUCCUCCCUUUGUCCCAGUAGCCCUGGGAGACACACAACUUCCUGCUGCCGCGUAUCUUUUGGUUACUCCCCACCCCUCUUUUGGUUUCUCAACUCUUUCAUCACCCAUUUAUAUAAUUAUCUCAAUUAAAUUCCAUCUGUAUGAAA